GUGCGUGCGUGGCGCGCGUGCGCGGCGCCGCCGUCUGUGGGUUGGCUGGUUAUUUUGCAAGCGGGAGGGGCCGUGCGCGCUCUCUGUCUUUGGUCUCUGUCCCCCCACCCCCCCUUUCCCCGGUCUGGGUCUAUCCUUCGGAAAGAUGUCGGACACGGCAGUAGCUGACACUCGGCGCCUUAACUCGAAGCCGCAGGACCUGACCGACGCUUACGGGCCUCCGAGUAACUUCCUGGAGAUCGACAUCUUUAAUCCACAGACGGUGGGCGUGGGCCGCGCGCGCUUCACCACCUAUGAGGUUCGCAUGCGGACAAACCUACCUAUCUUCAAACUAAAGGAGUCCUGUGUACGACGGCGCUACAGUGACUUUGAGUGGCUAAAAAAUGAGCUGGAGCGAGAUAGUAAGAUUGUAGUACCACCACUCCCUGGGAAAGCCUUGAAGCGGCAGCUCCCUUUCCGAGGAGACGAAGGGAUCUUUGAGGAGUCCUUUAUUGAAGAAAGGAGGCAGGGCCUGGAACAGUUUAUUAACAAAAUUGCUGGGCACCCACUGGCUCAGAACGAACGCUGCCUACACAUGUUCCUGCAGGAGGAGGCAAUUGACAGGAACUACGUCCCUGGGAAGGUGCGCCAGUAGGAGCCCCUCUCACCACUUGCCCUCUACUUUCCUGCUGAAAUGACAUUGGUUUUUACACUAAGCCUCUCUCUCUCUCUGAUCUGAAGUUGUCUGUCCAUCCCCUGGCCUGAUAGACUGUCUGGCAUUGUGUUCCUUGGUACCUGACUAUACCAUGGGCACUCUACUAGGAUCCUCUUCUCUGAGGAGAGGUGGGAAACCACAGGCAGAUGCCCUUUACUUGGGAUUGGGGGGGUGGGUGGGGGUAUUGGACUGGAAGGCAAUUUCUUGGGCAUUUACCCAUACCAGAAGGCCAACCUUGGGGGCGUGGGUCUUGUAUUGGUGGGGCACUUGGAUACAUACUGAUGCUGCAAGUCCAGGGGAUUUUUCUUACUCUUAGGUUUAACCAGGAACGUUGAGCAGGGAAAGACCCUGCCUUUCCUACCUGCAUGAACUUUUUUCUUUGGGAGAGACCCCAAAGCUCUCAUUUUCUCUAGGCCUUUUCCCAGUUUUCUCAAGAGUUUCUUUUGUUAUACUUUCUUCCUUGUUGCUUUUCAUGGCAGUAAUUAUAGGGUCUAAGCAGUCUGUUUAUGGAGCAAGGUGUGUGGGUUUUUUGGGCCCAUCAUCAUGGCUGCUUCAGAGUCAGAAGAAAGCCAUAGGACAGUCAGGGAGAUCCUGUUGCCUAGCCCCUCCUUUGUGGCUCCCCACUCUGGCUACCUGUUUCUUGCUCACCAGCAGGUGAGUCAGUAUGGGCUGGGCCAGCAGUUCUCUCUCCCCAAGUCCUCGCUACUUUUAUGGGUUAGCUUUGCAGGUUUGGUGGCUUGAGGGCUUGGGGGAACUCACCACUGCCAGGUAACUCCCUGAAGGGUGGGAGUAGAUCAUUUUCUAGGUACCUCCCAGUGGUAGGGAAGGACAUCACCACUCUCUUCCUUCCAUUCUCCUCCCCACCGCAUCCUAUUUAGUGCUGCCACAAGGUAGAAACACAUGAACAAACCAUACAGUCUGACUUCUCCUAAGCACUUUGAGCUGUUGAAUGGGGCUUAGGGGCAAGAGUUGUCACUGCCCUCCCCAGCUUGGUCACAGGGUUAUUGAAUUGCCUGCACUUGUUUCCCAUGGAACCCCAGCAUUCUCCCCAGAAGCUGAGCUAGGGUUAGCAGCUGGGUAUAGAUUUCCUAAAUCUUAGAGUCUGAAGCAGCUUCUUGAGGCUGGCAGCUUUCCUGGGCUUCUAUCUGGGAGGUGGUGGUUUGUUUGCUGGAGCCCAAUGUCUAUCCCAAGUGGUGGGAUAGAAGCAGGUUAACUCUGGUGUCAGGUCAAAAGUGGGGGCCCUUUGCUUAGACUUUCUGUCAUGGAAGGGUUGGAGUUCUUUAUAUAGGGUCUUGGGGAAAAGGAUUACUGAUUCUGACAAGACCCUGAACAGAGAGGUUAAGGAUUGGAUUUUAACAUGGGGUUUAAGUCCAUCUAUAUGUUGAAGUUCCCUGAGACAGACCAGCUCUCCAGCUACUGGGCCUGAGCAGCCCCUAGAGAGACGCUCUGCUCCCUUUCCCACCUUUCCAGUGUUGGUAUUGUUGCUGCCUUUUUCAUCUGUAUCCUCUGUUACUAUUUGUUUUUAAAGAUUCCUUCUUUCAUUGUGCACAAGUGCUGAGAGCCUGAGGUCCCAUUUAUGCUGUGUAUAUAUCCUGACUCGGGGCUUUCAUUCAGCAAAAUGUUCAUUCUUCUGUCAGACAAUGUCAUAUUCAACUCUGUUCAUAUUAAACCACUGUGAAGCAAGCCUC